UCUGCGGGUAGGGCGGGGAGCACGGCAGAGCGCGGGCUGGACGGUGUCAGUCGUCUGGGAGGAGCGGGCCUGCAGGCCAGAGGAGGCGCCGGCAGGAUGCUCGAAGUCCUGGUGCUGAAGAUUGAAGAUCCAGGUUGCUUCUGGGUUAUUAUAAAAGGAUGUAGUCCCUUUUUAGAUCAUGAAGUAGACUACCAAAAACUAAAUACUGCCAUGAAUGACUUUUAUAACAGCAUGUGUCAAGAUAUAGAAAUAAGGCCAUUAAUAUUGGAAGAAGGGCAGGUUUGUGUGGUUUAUUGUCAGGAACUAAAGUGCUGGUGCAGGGCUGUUAUUAAGUCAAUCAUAUCUUCAGCAGACCAUUACCUGGCAGAGUGUUUCCUUGUGGAUUUUGCCAAAUACAUUCCAGUAAAAUCUAAAAACAUCCGGGUUGCAGUAGAAUCUUUUAUGCAGCUUCCCUAUAGAGCAAAAAAAUUCAGACUGUAUUGCACAAAACCUGUUACAUUACACAUUGACUUCUGUGAAGACAAUGCUGAAAUUGUCCCUGCCAAAAAGUGGGAUAGUGCAGCAAUCCAGUACUUUCAGAACAUUCUAAAAGCAACUACCCAGGUGGAAGCCAAAUUAUGUGCUGUGGAAGAAGAUACUUUUGAGGUCUACCUUUAUGUAACAAUAAAAAAUGAAAAAGUUUGUGUGAACGAUGAUCUGGUUGCAAAGAACUUCGCUUGCUAUGUAUCUCCCACUGAGAAGAAAAACCUUGAUGCUUUAGAGAAACCAAGGUUGGAUAUAAAGUCAGCUUCUUUCUCCAGUAAACUCAAUCCAGCCCUUACUCUUUGGCCAAUGCUAUUGCAAGGAAAAGAUUUUCAAGGAAUGAAAAAGUCACAUGAUUUAGAUUUUCUGGCACAGUCUCUCCAGCAUACCUGGUGCAAGGAUGUUGUCAGUGACCUACAGUCAACUGCUACAGUACUGGAUAGAGCUGAAAAAUAUAAUAAGGAUUCUAUGAGAGACUCACCUAAAAAGAAAUCCGAAAAGAAGCAGCAGUGCAUCUCUUUAAAAGAUGUAAAUAAGUGUGUGGAAUCUUCAGCAUGCUGGCCAACGAAAAGAGGCAUAACCAUAUAUGCUGAUCCAGAUAUCCCAACAGCAAGUUCUUUAAGUCAGAAGCCAAAUGAGAAACCACUUAGAUUGGCUGAGAAGAAAGAAUAUGAUGAGAAGAAUGGCUGUGUGAAAUUACUGCAAUUUUUAAAUCCUGAUCCUUUGAGAGCUGAUGGAAUCUCUGAUCUGCAGCAGUUGCAGAAGUUGAAGUCAGGCAUGCAGCAGCCUGUCAUGGUGCUCCGGAACAGGAUUGAUCCCUGCCUGACCAUCGACACGUCACCACUGUCUGCAGACCUGAAAAAGGCUCUUCAAAGAAAUAAGUUCCCGGGACCCAGUCACACUGAAUCUUACUCUUGGCCUCCCAUAGCACGUGGCUGUGAUGUGGUUGUCAUUUCUCACUGUGGAAAUGACCCUUUGUUGUACCUCCCACCGUUGCUUACGAUUUUGCAAACGGGGGGCUGCUACAAGUCAUUACCAAGUAGAAACGGACCUCUUGCAGUCAUCGUGUGCCCAGGGUGGAAAAAGGCCCAAUUUAUUUUUGAAUUACUGGGCGACUAUAGCAUGUCCUCCAGGCCUCUUCAUCCUGUGUUAUUAACAAUUGGACUUCACAAAGAUGAAGCCAAAAACAUGAAGCUUCCAAGGGGGUGCGAUGUUAUUGUCACAACACCACAUAGCCUCCUGAGACUUCUCACAUACCAAAGCUUGUUAUUUCUUAGACUUUGUCAUCUAGUGUUGGAUGAGGUGGAAGUGUUAUUCCUUGAAGCUAAUGAGCAGAUGUUUGCUAUAUUAGAUAAUUUUAAAAAAAAUGUUGAAGUUGAAGAAAGGGAAUCUGCACCACAUCAGAUCAUUGCGGUUGGCAUUCAUUGGAGCAGACAUAUAGAACAUCUAAUCAGAGAGUUCAUGAAUGAUCCCUACAUUGUGAUUACAGCCCCAGAGGAGGCUGCUCUCUAUGGCAACGUCCAACAGGUCGUGCAUCUUUGCCUAGAAUGUGAAAAAACCUCAACUUUACUCCAAGUUCUUGAUUUCACUCCAAGUCUGGCACAAAAGACCUUGAUCUUUACUUGUUCUGUAGCUGAAACAGAAAUAGUGUGUAAGGUAGUAGAAAGCAAUUCAAUAUUUUGCUUGAAAAUGCAUAAAGAAAUGGUUUUUAACUUAAAAAGUGUUUUAGAACAUUGGAAGAAGAAAUUAAGUUCUGGCUCCCAUAUUGUAUUAGCCUUAACUGACGAUUGCAUACCACUCUUGGCCAUCACUGAUGCCACGUGUGUAAUUCACUUCAGCUUCCCUUCCUCACCAAAGAUAUUUGGUGGACGCCUAUAUUGCAUGUCAGAUCAUUUUCAGAGUUUAACUGAACAGGGUUCUCCUGCAGAGCAGGGAGAUAAAAAAACCAAAUCUGUCCUACUGCUAACGGAGAGAAAUGCGAGCCAUGCAGUUGGUGUUCUGCGCUACUUGGAGAGAGCAGAUGCCAAAAUCCCAUCAGAGCUGUAUGAGUUCACCGCAGGGGUCCUAGAAGCCAAAGAAGACAAAAAAGCCAGAAGACCUCUUUGUUCAUAUCUUAAGGCUUUUGGAUUUUGCAAAGACAAAAGGAUCUGUCCUGACAGACACCAUAUUAAUCCAGAAAUAGAUAUGCCAAGGAAAUUAUCCAACCAAGCUCUACCAAUGUUUGGAUAUAUUAAAAUAAUACCUUUUUAUAUUUCAAAUGCAACAAAUUACUUCGGUCGUAUAAUUGAUAAACAUGUGGAUCUUUAUGCAAUUCUCAAUGCUGAAAUGAAUGAGUAUUUUAAAGAUUCCAGUAAUAAAACAACUAUCAAAAAGGUGGAAAAUUUUGGAUUGUAUGGACUAGAAGAAAAAACACUUUUUUACAGGGUCCAGGUGUUGGAAAUGAGCCAAAAAGAAGACACUUGGGUCCUGGAUAAUAUCCUUAUAAAGUUCAUAGACGAAGGCAGGACUGGACUUACCACAAGAAACCAGCUGUUGCAUCUCCCAGAAAAUUUCCACACUCUUCCUCCUCAGGCUGUGGAGUUUAUUGUAUGUAGAGUGAAACCUGCUGAUGGUGAAAUUGAGUGGAAUCCAAAGGUUACCAGGUACAUUCAUCAUAAAAUUAUUGGAAAAUUGCAUGAUGCAAAAGUGGUACUGGCUUUGGGAAACACCGUUUGGAUUGAUCCGAUGGUACAUGUUACAAAACUUUCAAAUUUAAAAACUUCUGUCAUUGAUUAUAAUGUUCGAGCUGAAAUUUUGUCUAUGGGAAUGGGCAUUGACAAUUCGGAACACAUAGAACAACUGAAAAAAUUAUACAAAGGAGCUAAAAUGCCAACUUUUGAAGCACACAUAAGCCAACCUCGGACACCUCCAUUAGUAGAAGAUGCUGCUUGUCUGCAGGACACACAGCAAGAGGACAGGAAUGCAGAAAAAGGAGCUGGCUCUGAGUUGAACUCAGAGAACCUAAAGCCCGACACUUUAUCUGAAGACACAGGAGCUGCUCCCAUUAGCAAAAGCGCACAGCCACACCUGAAAAGCUUUCACCCACAAGUAAAGUGGUUCCAAAAAGAAGAUGUCGUCAUCUUGAAAAUAAAAAUAAGGAAUGUAAAAGAUUACAAAUGUAAAUACUUCAGAGAUAGAGUCAUUUUCAGUGCCUGGGUGGGAGACAAAUUUUACUUGGCUGAUAUGGAGCUACAGGCCAACAUAAGAAAAGAUGAAUGCAAGUGUGUAAUUAAAAAUGAGGAGCCUGUAAUCACACUUGCAAAAGAGAAAAGGGAAUCCUGGUGUAACUUACUCAAACAGAGGAAUCCUAAUGUGGCAUUUGACUUUGAUCACUGGGAAGAAUGUGAGGAAGACGGCCCUUUCUCCAAGAUCUUAAAUUCUAAAAACCUGUCCUGCAAAGUGGCAGAGGUGGAUGAAAACAGUGACAUCACUUCGGAGGAUGACGGAAGUGAGAGUGAAUGAGAAUGUGAAGUAAAUCCAGAAGAAUGGCCAGAAGACUUUGAACAAAAACAUUGCUAAGUGACUGGACUUUAAGAAAACAAGCAGUCAUAGCCAAACCUUUUUGUGCCUGAAGGAUAAAUUAUUACUAAGUGUCAUCUUGUGGCAGUGGAUCAGUACUGGUGAGAAUUCUUAGUUGACUUAACAAUAGGUUAAAAAUUAUGAGAUUGUCGAAGGUGGUGGAAGCAGAACCCAGAUUGUACAGGAGUCUGCUUCACUACCCCUAAUAACUCAUCCAGACAUAUACAAGUUUGAACAAGCACAAACUGUGACAUUUGAGAUUUGAAUCUCACCAUAUGCAGUUAGUACUUUUUUUUUUUUUUUUUGGUACUAGGGAUUGAACCC